CCCCCCCCCCCCCCCUCCUCCGGUUUAAAAAAAAAAGUUCUUUCCUCCUAUCUAAUCAUCAUGUCUAACCUUCCCCACGAGCCCGAGUUCGAGCAGGCCUACAAGGAGCUCGCCUCCACCCUCGAAAACAGCACCCUCUUCCAGCAGAACCCCGAAUACCGCAAGGCGCUGGCGGUGGUGUCGGUGCCGGAGCGCAUCAUCCAGUUCCGCGUGGUGUGGGAGGACGACGCCGGCAAUGUGCAGGUCAACCGGGGAUUCCGCGUGCAGUUCAACAGCGCCCUGGGCCCCUACAAGGGUGGUCUGCGCUUCCACCCCUCCGUCAACCUGUCCAUCCUGAAGUUCUUGGGUUUCGAGCAGAUUUUCAAGAAUGCGUUGACUGGGUUGAACAUGGGUGGUGGUAAGGGAGGAUCCGACUUUGACCCCAAGGGCAAGUCGGACAAUGAGAUCCGGCGGUUCUGCGUCUCGUUCAUGACGGAACUGUGCAAGCACAUUGGCGCCGACACCGACGUGCCCGCCGGCGACAUCGGCGUGACCGGCCGCGAGGUCGGCUUCCUCUUCGGCCAGUACCGCAAGAUCCGCAACCAGUGGGAGGGUGUCCUCACCGGUAAGGGUGGCAGCUGGGGUGGUUCUCUCAUCCGUCCCGAGGCCACUGGGUAUGGUGUUGUUUACUACGUCGAGCAUAUGAUCGCACACGCCACCAACGGCGCGGAGAGCUUCCAGGGCAAGCGCGUGGCGAUCUCCGGGUCGGGCAACGUGGCGCAGUACGCCGCGCUGAAGGUGAUCGAGCUGGGUGGAUCGGUGGUGUCGCUGAGCGACAGCCAGGGCUCCCUGAUCAUCAACGGUGAAGGCAGCUUCACCCCCGCCGAGAUCGAGGAGAUCGCGCAGGUCAAGGUCGAGCGGAAGCAGCUGGCCAGCAUCGUGGGCGCGGGCACCUUCAGCGACGCCAAGUUCAAGUACAUCGCCGGCGCCCGUCCGUGGGUGCACGUCGGCCAGGUGGACGUGGCGCUGCCGUCGGCCACCCAGAACGAGGUGUCGGGCGAGGAGGCGCAGGCGCUGAUCGCGGCGGGCGCCAAGUUCAUCGCCGAGGGCUCCAACAUGGGCUGCACGCAGGAGGCCAUCGACAUCUUCGAGGCGCACCGCUCGGCGAACCCCGGCGCCGCCGCCAUCUGGUACGCCCCCGGCAAGGCCGCCAACGCCGGUGGUGUCGCCGUCUCCGGCCUGGAGAUGGCCCAGAACUCGGCCCGUCUGAGCUGGACCACCGAGGAGGUCGAUGCCCGCCUGAAGGAUAUCAUGCGCGAGUGCUUCAAGAACGGCUUCGACACCGCCGUCCAGUACGCCACCCCCGCCGAGGGUGUCUUGCCUUCUCUCGUCACCGGCUCCAACAUUGCCGGCUUCACCAAGGUCGCUGCCGCUAUGAAGGACCAGGGUGAUUGGUGGUAGAUCGAUCCGACGCUGGCUGUUGCUGCUGCUUAUGGUUGAUGAUAACGUAUAGUACCUAUAUGCUUGGUUGGUUUUUUCAGCGCGACGCGAUGGAUAGAGGCGCCUUCUUGUUUCCUUCUUCUUCUUCUCGGCUUAUGCUUAGAUGAGCUUGCAUGAUGAUGAUGAAUCCUUGCUUUGUC